AUGACAAAAAUACUAAUAUUAAUAGUUCAUUUGGUGAAUAUUUUAAUUCUGGUAGGGGCUGCAAAUGUUCAGCCAGUUGAAUUGAGAAAGAGAGCUCUGACUUCCAUAACAUCCGAUGAUCAUGGAUAUGGGUAUACGUUUGUUGACGGCGUUUUAAUGAAUGGUUUACUAACAGACGGAGGAGAGACACCAACCCCAGGUGGAGGUGAGACACCAACUCCAGGUGGAGGUGAGACACCAACUCCAGGCGGAGGUGAGACACCAACUCCAGGAGGAGGCAACACACCAACUCCAGAUGGAGGUGAGACACCAGCCCCAGGCGGAGGUGAAACCCCAACUCCAGGCGAAGGUGAGACACCAACUCCAGGAGGAGGUGAGACACCAACUCCAGGAGGAGGCAACACACCUACCCCAGGUGGAGGCAACACACCUACCCCAGGUGGAGGUGAGACCCCAACUCCAGGUGGAGGUGAGACCCCAACUCCAGGUGGAGGCGAAACUCCAACUCCUGGAGGAGGCGAAACACCAACACCUGGGGGCGACACACCAACACCUGGAGGCGACACACCAACACCUGGAGGCGACACACCAACACCUGGAGGAGGCGACACACCAACACCAGGUGGAGGCAGUACACCAAAUCCCGGUGGAGGCAAUACAACUACCCCAGGCGGAGGAAGCACACCAACCCCUGGCGCUAAAGUUAAUUCCAGUACCACUUCUACCGCUGGAUUUGCAACUUACGAGCCAAUAGCUGGUACUUUACUAGGAACAAUAGCAAUCAUUAUUGCGAUGUUACUUUAG